AUGAACGAGUCGGCGGGACUGCGCUUCCGGCGGCUGCACCGCCCGCAGGUGAUCACCGACGAGCUGCCGGAGCAGCGGCACAAAGGGUCCAGCACCUACAGCGGGAAGAUCUUCCGGGUCACGCUGCUCUCUCUGGGCGUCCUCCUGCUUCUUCCUCUCCUGGUCAUCAUCCUCAUCCUCGAGUCUCCCAUCAAGCCUGAAGUCUUCACGCUGAAGGAGCCGCCCAUGAUGAAGGGCUGCUGGGAGCCCAACCUGAAGCUCCGAGAAGCUCAGAGACUGUUUGAGGACCAGCUCGUCGGCCCCGAGUCCAUCGCCAACAUCGGAGAUGUUCUGUUCUCGGGAACAGCUGACGGGAAAAUCGUGAAGCUGGUCGGUCGGAGGAUCCACGUGGUGACGAGACUCGGGAAGCUGCCGUGUGCAGGUUCCAGAGAGGACGAGCCCAGCUGCGGGAGGCCGCUGGGGAUCAGAGUCGGACCCAACGGGACGCUGUUUGUAGCCGAUGCCUACCUGGGUCUGUUCGAGGUCAACCCCACCACAGGUGAGGCGACCAGGUUGGUGAACGGCGGCCAGGUGGUCGCAGGGAGGAAGCUGUCAUUUAUUAACGACGUGGCGGUGACGCAAGAUGGAAAGAAGGUGUACUUCACCGACUCCAGCAGCAGGUGGCAGCGGAGAGACUACAUGCACCUCAUCAUGGAGGCCACGCCCGACGGCCGCGUCCUCGAGUACAACACCGAGACCAAGGAGCUGACGGUGGUGAUGGAGGACAUGCGAUUCCCGAAUGGCAUCCAACUGCUGCCGGACGAGGAGUCGGUGCUGGUGGCGGAGACCACCAUGGCCCGGAUCCGCAGGGUCCACGUGGCCGGGCUGAAUAAAGGCGGGAUGGACACGUUCGUGGACAACCUGCCAGGUUUCCCUGACAACAUCCGCCCGAGCUCCACCGGAGGUUACUGGGUGGCCAUGUCGGCGGUGAGACCGAACCCCGGCUUCUCAAUGCUGGACUUCCUGUCCCAGAGACCCUGGAUCAAAAAGUUCAUAUUCAAGCUCUUCAGCCAGGAUAUCCUGAUGAAGUUUGUUCCCCGGUACAGUUUGGUUGCAGAGCUCCACGACGGUGGCGUGUGCACGCGGAGCUUCCACGACCCCAACGGCCUGGUUGCAGCCUACAUCAGCGAGGUCCACGAGCAUGAUGGGAAUCUGUACCUGGGCUCCUUCCGCUCGCCGUACAUCGCCAAACUCGACCUCAGCAAGGUGUAGAAGAUUCAAAAAGACGACGCGCAGACAGACAUUUUUGUGACUUGUUAACACGGCGUUAACCCGUUCCAGCCUUGGAAAUAUCCCGAGAAUGACUUCACCCAGCGCCACCUACAGGCUGUCCCAGGAAUUGGGCGGCGUUCCCAUUUUUGGCUAAUCUCUGUUGAUUUUUCCUUUUCAGAUUCAUGCAGCUUUAGAUUUAGAUUUUUUUGAUAAUUUCUUCCCGUUUCGACGGUAUUUUGUUUGACUGCUAUGUUUAGACUUUUUAUUCAGAACAAAAGUGUCCAGACAAACGAGGUUUGUGUUUCUGCUUUUGUCGUUUCUUCACUGAAAACCACUGCGACUACAGCGUUCACCUGCUAGCUAACUCAAGCUAACUAAAGCAUACGCUACCUAAUGGAUUUAAGCUAGCACGUUAGCUUGUGGCCUAUUUUAUACUCUUAGGGGCGGAGUUUGUUCCCUUCAGUCAUAGUGCAGGCUUACAGAUGCUUUGAUUAGCAGUUAGCCUGAGCUAACCUAGCUGCCUCUGACUAACUUUGUUUACACAGAAGAAGAGCGGUUACUCACCGUGAUGAUCAACUUCCUGCUAACGCUGAUGUCAGAUUACAGGCUGCUUGAGUAACUGCUUCGCCCUCUUGGGACAAUUUAAUGUGUUUUGAUUGGCUAUCGUCUGCACUACUGCGCUUGCACUCUUUUUUUUUUAAAUUUUAUUUAAUCUCACACACGUUGGGAUGUGAUUGUGGGUGUGUCUUUAGUGACAACCAACCAGUCACGAGAGAGGCUAACACAGGUGUGACUGAGCUAAGCUCCCUACCUGUAACUGUGCUUACGUACUACAGUGAUUGAUGUCACAUUACAAACUGUUUAACCAAUCAUCUUGCCCCUCCCAGGAUUUCUUUGUAAUGUGAUUUGAUUGGCCGACAGCACUGAAAUAUUUAUACAAUAGCAGUUUGAUGGGCUAGCGUCUGAACGGGUUAGCUUGGGUGCUUUGGGAGGAUUCAGGCGUAGCUUUAGGGUUAGAUUGAUAGAUGGAUAGGGGAGAUCUCUUGUGACAAUACUAAUGUAGGGAUUACCUGGCAACUGCUGGUCGCUAAGGAAAAAUGUGUCCUCCCAGCAGGUUGCUGGUUGUCACAAGUGUGAAGUUGGUCGCUCCAGUUUCCCAUAGUGGAAGAUGCUGACUGCAGAUGUUAGCUAGCUAACCAGUGAUGGCUCCUCUUCAAAAUAAAAGCUGUCUCUAUCCACAGAAACUAACAAAAUGAGCACCUUUUACUUUGAAGGCACCGUUGCUUAGCGACAUGUUUGAGUGUGUCCACAGAGGACUCCUCUGUUAGCGACUAAAUCGAUCACAAAGACGUUUUGAGCGGCUUCCUCUGUGAGUCCCGAUUUCACGCCGGUGACUGUCGGUGACCUCUUGCUGCCACUCGCCCAUCAGCUGGGAGCGACCAAGCUUCAGACCUGUGGCACCGAAGCUGCGUCCACACUGGAAGCAACAUGGCGGCUUCAAGCCUUUCUUUUCUCAACUUCCAGACAGGUGACUGAAAUCUCGUCCAAUGAGAGUGCAGGAUACCACUGAUGAACACGGGUAUGGUCUGUUUGUAGAGUUACCUGGGUAACCAGAACCGGGUGUGAUCAGCUGUCACGAAACGUGGCGAGCAAAUUGCUCCUGUUGUGGACGCAGCUUGAUGUCCUCGCUGAUCACGUCCCUCACGUUGAUGUCUGGACGUCGCGAAGCGUGGACUCACUCUUUGUGUCAUCUGAGCGAGUC